UUUUUAUUGAUAUUAACUUCAUAUAAAUUGUGUAAGUGUUAAAUAAAUCCCACACUUUGUCUUCGGCAAAUAUGAACGUUGCAUUUUUUGUUUUAUUCAGUCUGGGCUUUGUGGCGGCAGAAGCCGUCCCCCAGGGUAGAAUAGUCGGCGGUUCAUUGGCAACCAUCAACCAGUAUCCCACCAUUGCUUGCCUGCUGACAAACAGGGACACUGCCGGCCAUUUCAGACAAAACUGCGGCGGCACUAUCUUGAAUCAACGACACAUUUUGACAGCAGCUCACUGCAUUGAACGAGACCAUCCUGCCCAAUGGAGGGCCCGUUUGGGAUCUUCUUUCGCCACCAGCGGAGGCGUGUUGUACAACAUUGCCGCUUUCAACCUCCAUCCCAAUUACAAUCCACGUACAAUUGACAGUGACAUUGCUAUAAUGCGAACAAGUAAUUCCAUUUCGUACACUAACGUGAUCCAGGCGGCCCAGAUCGCUGGAGUCAACUAUAAUCUUCGCGAUAACGAGCGUGUGUGGGCUGCUGGAUGGGGACGUAUUUCACAGGGUGGUCCUAACUCUGAGCAGCUACGCCACGUUCACCUGGAAGUGAUCAAUCAAAAUAUUUGCAACCAAAGGUAUGGGCAUUUCACUAUCACCAACAACAUGCUGUGCGCUGGCGUGAACGACAAUAGCAACCGCGGCCAGUGUCAGAUGGACUCCGGCAGUCCUCUCUACCACAACAACGUAGUCGUUGGCGUCUGCUCCUUUACAAUGAUAUGUGGCGACCCUUUUCACCCCAGUGGCAAUGUACGCGUUUCCCGUUUUACCGAUUGGAUUCAAAGGAAUUCCUUAAUGAUUUAAUAUUACAAAAAUGACGAACUGUACAAAGUGUUAGUGUUAAAAAAUAUCAAUAAAGUCAAAUGAAAAAUAAAA